AUGGAUAUCCCGGAGCUCGGGGACCUCUGCCUGAAUGUUGAGGCUUCGAAGGUUAGCUCGGCAUUCACAAAGGUUAUUGAAGCUCUUCGAAACCUGACAGAGAAACAGGAGCAUCUUUCCAAGGAACUGGCCUCUGUCGCAGAGCGUGUUGUUUCGGGCGAGGAAACUGGUAAAAACUUGGCUGCGACUCUUGGCGACAGCGUACGAAACGUCGAUCAACUGCGAGAUCGUGUCAAAGACAUAGAUGGCCUGAGGCUCGAGGAGCAGACAAAGAAAAUCCAAUUUCAUGAGGAGCAGUUUCAAAAAACACUCACCCUUUUGGAACAAUACGAUUUAAAGCUCAAGGAACAAGAUGCAAAGAUUGCUCAGGUGGCCAUCGAGGCGCGACAGUCUUCGACGGCCGCUGACAAAACUGUCGCUGGCUUUUCAAGCAUCAAAUCAAGUGUGGAGCAGUACGAACAAACGAUGGCAAGACUCCUCGAAGCGUCCACUGAAUCUGUCCACCGCUGCAAUCAGAUUGAGGAAGCUCAGAAGAACUUGCAAGAUUCAGUGGCUUCCAAGUACGACAAGUUGUGGCAUGAAGUGGUGUCCGCGCUCGAGCGGAUGAACUCAACUGAGCUGCGGAGUUUCCAGGAAGAAAUAAGCAAGAGGUCUCAGCAAUCUGAACAACGUGUCCAACAGCUGAUUUCUUACGCCAUCGGCCUGGCAACGCGAGCGGCGACGGACAGAAGAGAAGCAGAUGUGAAGAAAGCGGUUCUCUCACGGUGGAAAGAGAGGGCGUGGAUAGGCGCACGACAGCGCAUGGCAUGUAGGAGCCUGAGUCGGUUGUUCCGCAUUCAUUUAAGGCGGCAUUUUACCGGUUUCCAACAUAUGCUCGCGUGGGAAAACCAGCUGGAACGCUUGAGGAAUGAAUUCCGCAAUAGCUUGCCGGACGUGGAAGCCAUCGUACACAGUACUGUUAGUUCAAAGAUCAAGAUGUUGGAAGAGCGAGUUACCACGGAAGAGACGGUGAUGCAAAACAUCCAAGAGGACGUCGAACGCUUGUCUAAACGAACAGAGGAGUUCCAGGUCUCCGCAGGUGCUCUCCGAGAAAGGUCUAAUGAUCUCGCUCACAUACUGCAGCAGGUCAAGGAUGAGGUCAGAGAGGAGCUCGACAGGGAAGCAGACAGGGACGACCGUCUGCAUCGAGCGGAGGAGCUCGUGAGCGGCGUUGCGGAGAAGAUGUCGCAAGUGGCUCGGCAAGAAGAGAUGCAGAGCAUCAUGAAGGACGUCUUACUCAUCUGGACGGCGGUAAAGCACCUCGAUACGGCGAAGGCCGAUAAACGAGAGCUGGACGCGCUCGCGAACGAAGCGGCAACAAGAGCUCAGACCUCUGAGUUGAAGAUGAGGAAUCUGGAGACUUCGCAUUCACAGCAACAUUCCGUCUUGAGCGACCAAAUUGGGGAUGUAAAGACCACAAUCCAGGACGUGAACACGAGGAGCAAAACGUUAAACUACAUGCUAGGUGUCAUGAUGAGAUUCAUGGAAGACACCGUCAGGAAAAUCGUUUCCAUGGAUCCAUCGUUGAUGCAGUACCCUCGAAUCACGAGCAAGGUCAUUCGUACGGGGGGAGGAUGGCUGCCGCAGAGCGCGUACCGCCAGUGCGUCUCUCGGUCUGUCUCUCCACCAAGGCGGCAAUCUCACUCGCCGCGCGCUAGGCGCGCUGACCCUCUCUCUCAAGUUCCAAGCUCGAUUUUGGCGCCCGAUGCGGAUGGUGCCAGUAAGGGGGCGUCAGCUGAUGGCAGCCUUCUUCUAGCUGAUUCUUGUAAGAACGCCAAAAUGCGGGGCCUCGGUGCGCUUCCUGCGCCGAAGACGACCUCUGAAAACCUAGAGGCGAUUACGGUAUCCGAACGAAAAAACAAUGGUUCCCCCGACGAGAAAGACUUCCAACUCCCUCGUAGUUGGAAAGAAGAAGAAGCGGUUCACGAAGGGAUCGCCCCGUGUCACGAGCGGUCGGAACGCUCUGACGAAGACUACAUGAGCAGCCCCGCGGUCCGCGCCUUCACAGAUUGGGUGGAGCAGGUGCGAGUGGUCUUCGACUCCCAGGCGAGGGAGGCUGCAGCGUCUGGCAUAUCUGCAGGUGAGUUAGAAGCUAGGAACCGUCGAAUUUCAGAACUUUGCAGGCCGUCCGAACGGGGUAGAACGCGCUCUAUCUAA